UGGAAGACGACAGUAUCAGUACUGCCGCGAAAUGGGUCGCACGUGGUUAGCUCUGUUUGUCGUUGCCACAACGUUUGCCUUGUCUUAUGGAGACUAUAGUAAUGUAGACCAGUACAAUACUUACAAGAAAAAGGAGACUUACUCCGACGGCAGUUACCCUCUGUAUGGACAACAGAGCAACUACAAUAACCAAUAUUACGGAUCCCAAAGUCAGAGUUAUGACAAAAAAGAUUACGACUAUAGUAAUAACGAUGAUGAUGACUACGGCAAAAAAUACUAUGGAAAAAAAGAUUAUGGUAAAAAAGAUUAUGACUAUGACAAAAAAGAUUAUGGAAAAAAAGACUACGGCAAAAAAGACUACGGGUAUGAUAAAAAAGAUCAUGGACAUGAUAGCAAUCACGGUGGUAAUAGAGGAGGUCGCACUGACUCAAGACAUUUUAACCUUGCUCGAGAUUUAGUAAUCUUGAAAACUGCAAUGGAUUUGUACGGAUACGGAGACGGGUUUGGAAGACGAGACGGAUAUAGAGGUCGUGACGGAUAUUAUGACAGUCACAGUGGUAGUUAUAAAGGAAAGGAGGAUUAUGGCAAAAAAAAAGAUGACAAAUAUUACGGCGGUAACAAAUAUUACGGCGAUAAAAAGAACGAUUAUGAGUAUUAUGGAGACAAAAAGAAAGAUUAUAAAUACAAUGAUGAUAAAAAGAAAGAUUACAAACAUGGGAACAGUCAUGCCGUAGGAUCAUCAGACGUUUUUGGAUUGGAUGGUCGUUUUGGUGGAAUUGGAAUUGGGCAACAGGGUGGACUUGGUGGCGGGUCUGCUGGUGGAUUUGGAGGCGGGCCUAUUGAUGGAGGGCGUGGAGGAGGACAUGGAGGAGGUAAAUGGUUCUGUAAAUGUAAACCAUAUUGUGAUAAAAAUGAAAUAUUCGUCGAUGUAUGUCCACACUUCAAAUGGUGGAAAGUUUGCUGUAAAUGGUUGCCUCACCACAAGCCUCACAGUUCUCCAUACAACGACUACAAACCAAAAUAUGAUCACAAACAUCACAGUUCUCCAUACAACGACUACAAACCAAAAUAUGAUCACAAACAACACAGUUCUCCAUACAACGACUACAAACCAAAAUAUGAUCACAAACAUCACAGUACUCAAUACAACGACUACAAACCAAAAUAUGGCUACAAACAAAAUAGCGACUACAAGCCAAAGUACGACAACGCGUAUUGAUUAAGUUAAGGUAUAAGCAGUGCACAGGACAUACUUUGGAAUCAGACAGAAGAAUGGUUUAGGAGGAUCAGAUUUUUUUACAAUUGAUAAAAAUAAAAGUCCUGAAAAAAUCAA